CAAUCCUGGCGGCAAAACGGAAUCUCAGUUCAGCAGUGGCUUUCAUGAUGUCGGCCCGUCUUAUCCUCAUUGUCAGGACAGCUCUCUAUGCUGUGAUUAUAAUAUGUAGCCUUAUAAUAUUUUCAGCACUGGGAGUAAGCAUGUCUAAACACGAACAAAACUGUUUGUUGUACGCGGAGAUAAAGAAGUCGUAUGGAUCGGUGUCCAUAUGUAACUACAGCAUCGCCAUCGCCGUCAUAUUCUGCUUGCUGUGUCCUAUCGCCGUCAUUGUCCUCACCGUCCUCACCUUCAUCGGCAUUCUAAAGGAUAAAAUAAUACAGUUCGCAGAGUUACCGUUCCUGAUCCAGGUCAUCGCUGACGGUGUUGCAUUCUUCUUGGUCCUCAUUUCUGCUUGCACCAUCAGUGUUGGCUUCAAAACGUUGUGCGACAGCCUCGUUGGCGGCACAGAUGUGUCGUGCUCAGAAGCAGCAGUGAUACCUAUUCACGACAAAACAGAAAAAGACUACUUCCAUGGUAAUCUGUCGGCGGCAGAGGGAGGGGCUUGGACAGCGGUCAUCGUGUGGUUGGUCCAGCUGAUAGGGGGACUGUUUGUGCUGUGGAGGAAUGGCCGACUGACCUGUCUGCCCUGUUUAACAUCCCCUAAAAAUUCACCCUCAUCGCCUUCCCAGCAAGUCCCUCCGAAAUUCUAGAUGAAUGGGACAUUCAAGUUGUGUAUUCUUGCAGCACGAAGCAACCGCGGUCUCUAUAAUCGAACACCCGUUAUGGCGUUGAUGUAGCAUGGCGGGUAAUUCAUUACUCAUCACACAGAAUGUCGGGGUUCGGAUCUCCACAUCAUUUACAAUUUGUGAAGUCUAAUCAUGACCUCCUCGCCAAUAUGGCAACGUCGGAUAAGAGAGAGUACACGACCCCUGCUACCUAAGAGAAAUCUCCACAGAUUUGUAAAUGGAAAAUCACUUAAAUCUACUUAUUUGGUAGACCUCAAAGGAGUGAGUUUACAUUAUUGUUUUUCUAUUUUUAUUUUAUUAUUUUAGUAUAUUAUUGUGAUUUUGAUAAUUUAGCUUUACACUGUUACGAAUCAUAUUCAAAGUGUGGAAAUGCAUUCGUGUUUCACUUCUUUUUUUCUGCUGAUUCUUGAUGGCGGAUUGGUUUUUACCAUUACUGCUUUGUUGUCAUUUAGGGUAUGGAGUGCAUAACCUUAUCUUUCAAUCUGAAUAACCAUUGUGCCUUUGGUGUAUAUCACGGGUAUAAAUCAACUUCAAUCGUAUUAUAAAAAGAGAUGUGUAUGUGGAUAUAUAUUUAUUUAUCCUACCUUACAUUUGAUUGGUCAAUCAUGUUUUGAUAAAUUUCCUUACACCCAGCUACAGCGUUUGUGCAACUGGAAAAAAUAUACCCUGCCAAAUUGUCAAUAUAUUUUGCCGAGCUCUGUUAUCAAUUCAAACUCCUUGCAACUAAACGGCGUCCCGUAAUGUACAGUAAUAAUGAGCCGAAACCAAUUCCAUGAUCUAUCUAUCUAUCUAUCUAUCUAUCUAUCUAUCUAUCUAUUCUCCCUGGAGUAUUUUAUUGUGCGAUAAACAACGACCGCAAGUCGGUUUUUUUUCUUAUAUGAGAUAUCAACAUUCAAGCUUUUGAAAUAUUUCCCCAAAUUUUAAUGAUGAUUCCCUGAAUAGAAUCCGACCUCGGAAAUGUCGGACAAGUCCAUUUUACGAACAGGUGGGUGACGUUUUGUAUUUCCCGCAUAUUCUCCUUUCUGUACCUUUUCCCCUGAUACCGAUUGUUAUAUCUCUCCCACAUUUGGAUGCGAUCUUUCGGCCACUGUGAUGUAGCCCAGCUUCCUCUAUGGGGAACAAGUCACUGGACACUUCCCUCUAAAAAUAUAUGGCGUCAGCAAGUAUUCGAAUCUCCAGAAAAAAAGACAGCUACGUGAAUAGGCCGCCAGUUUGGGUUGGUAAGUGAUUAUAAUUAUCGCAGAUAGAUAACUUGGUGUCGACAGGCAAUAGGAGGCACAUCAAGCUGUAUAUCCCUAGCUCGUGAAGCAUAUACUGGUGAGGUGAAAUACACAAGGAAACAACAUACAACAGAAACCUGCUUCCUGUCAACAACACAAGACCACGAGAGAAAUGUAGGGGGUCACCUUGCCUUGCAACAUCCGGCGCCCACGGGACAACCGGAAGGUCACAUUGAAGUGUAGCAUUUGUCAUUGCAUGUUCCCUUAAUUCUUUCCAUCAGUAUUUCAUGUAAUAGAUAGUGCCUUAUGAAUUACUGCUCGAAGUGGCGGCAGUCACUCACUCACUCACUUUUGACGUGUCUUGAUUACCCUGUUCACUGACAACCACUUAUAAAAAUAAAUGAUUUGGGGGAGUCCUCAUUGUCCAUCGUACACUUUCUGAAAGACAUGUCACUCGUGAAGAUCCGAGGUAAAAUAUAGGUCUUCAGCAACCCAUGCUUGUUUUAAAAGGUGACAAUGCUUGUCGUAAGAGGCGGGUAACGGUCAGGCACGUUGACUUGGUUGAUGCAUGUCAUC